AUGAAUUCUAUAAUCGAUAAAAAUAAAAAGAAAGAGGAAAUACAUUUUCUGAAAGCUAAAGAGCUGAAAGAAAAAAUCGAAUCGAUGAAAAGCGAUUUAGAGUCUAAAACAAAAUUAAUAAGUGAACUAAAAGAACAACGGAUAGACAAAAUUAAAAAUAUUAAAGAACUUGAAAUAAAAAAUAAUACCAAUUAUAAAAGUUUUAUAAAUGAAUAUGAAAAUAUACUAAGCCAAUACCAAAACAUUGAAAAUGAUAUUUAUGAAAUGCUAAAGGACUUAGCAUUGUUGUCUGAAAAGUCAUACAACGAAAUAUUAGAACUUAGAGAAGAAAAUAAAAACAUUCUUAUGAGCAAAGACUUAAUUAUUGAGAAAAUAAAAAAAGAGCUUCAGGAACAAAUGGAAACAAUUGACCUUGAAAUGUCUAAACACUCAGAUAUGCUGAAUAGUUUGCUAUUGAAAAUUGGCGAAAUUUUUAAGAAAACACAUGUGCAGUAUCAAAACGAUGAGGAAUUAAGGCCAUUAUUAAUACGUUUGAAGAGUAUUGGGAAAAGCUAG